AUAGCAAUUUUAUUGGCAAUUAUUAUUAUAAAACAUUCAUAUAGUGAGAGAAAGUUAGAGAGAGAGAGAGUGUGUGUCUAAACUUUUUUUGUGUUAAUAAAAAUUAUAUGCGAUAUUAAAACAACAAAAAAAAGUUUAAUAAAUAACUAAUUAAUUUAAUUAUUUUUCGUGAGUGUGUAUGAAAAAAAUAUGUACCGAUUUGUUUGUCUACUACCACUACUAUUGUCUACUAUUGCCGGCACCGGUAGAUUGACUACAGCUACCGUCGAUUCCGAUACCGAUACGGUAUCAUCGACUACUACUACUACUACUAGUAGUAGUACUACGACUACUACUAACCCCAGUAGUACGGCACCGACACCGACACCCACUACAUCCAGUUUCAUAGCCCAGCGCACCCAAAAUCUGCAUCUAUGUACUGAUGUUAAGCCAUCGUUCCUGUCCUCGAGGAACGGUAGAUUUCAACGGCUGGAAUGUUUGGUACGAUUAUGUAACGAUAGGGGCGAAACUGUUGAGUGGACAACAUCUACCGGUCCACAGAUUAACCAGCCGUUGUUCGAAUGGUCGACACCGUUAGGUCGACUGCGCAAAGAUAACGGUACCUGUGCUACGAGUCGUCAGUAUUGUUGGUCGGCUGUCGAAGUCGAUGUCUUCUAUACGACCUAUCGUAUGGCCAGUAAUGGUUUCAGAGAGAUGAGGAUCACUUGCGGUGCUAGCGAUGCCUAUAUUACGCCGGAUAACGGACACACCGAUUUGGUGGUCGAAACGGCCUACGGUUUCAGUUAUCUCAAACGCUUCCCCGGUCAACCCAUUGACGCCAGUUGUAUAACGGACUCGGAUUGUGGAGAAAAUAUGUUUUGUAUGCGCACUGAGAGAAACAGUGAAGACAUUGGUGACGACAACGAUUUGGGAACUGUAUGCCAGUGCCGUAUGGACUACUUGCUGGGCGUACAGUACGCACAGGUAAUGGACCCGGACUACGGCGAAUGGCAAUGUUUGGCACCGAAAAUGUUGAACGAAACGUGCGCUCAGGACGCCCAAUGUCAGGCCAUUGACGCCAAUACGGUUUGUACCGGAAAACGGGACGACAACAACCAGAUGGCCAACAAAACGUGUCAGUGCGACACCAAUUUGGUACACUUUAAAUCCAGUUGUCAACCGCCGCAGCCGCCGGCCCUAUCGGUGCCGAAACCGCAAGAAACUACCGAAAAGACAACAAUUAUUUGGUGGAUAUUCCCGGACGGCAGCGAUGAUAACGACAGUGACAAUCAAAACCGACCGGUCUAUCACAGGCGCUACUGGUGGCUACGUUUUGCCGCUUACGUAAUGGCCAUUUUGGCCAUUAUAUUGCCGCUACUGUUGGUAAUCAUGGCACUGGUAGCCUUGUGCAAUAGACGCAGGCGCCGACAGUUGUCGUCGUCGUCGCCGUUUACCACAACAAUGUCGGCCAACAAAAACGGCGGCAGCGGUGGUGGCGGCAAUAAUUCAAUACCGAGAUUUCCGGCGCCGCGUAUCAUAAUCAACGACUUGAAGGAUACGCUUAAAAACAACAAAAACAAAUCGGACGACAAAUACGAUCUGGUCAAACAUGACCACCUGUCCAAUUAGAUGGUGAUCGGGUGGGGG